AUGUCGCCACGACUCAGGGUACGAGUCGAUCCAGUCGAGAUCGAGGUCUGGGGGCUCGCAGACAUCCCGCCGUCGCAGUUCUAUGAUAUCCAGCAGCUCAUCACAGCUACGCAACAACCCAACACAUACUUCCAUUUUCCAUCACCUGAGGAGAUAUCUGGAUCUCCGAGUCAUGAUGGAGCGCUUCAGGAGGUGGAAUUGGCACACCCUCCGCCACCCAAAACGACCCAUUACUGGACGAGUGAUCAUACCAGACGCCUGGAGUAUGCCGCUAUAGACGCCGCCAGUCAAGGUGUCAAAGGAUGGAUCAUCAAGCAUGUGCUACCGGACUGCUUCGUGCCAAAGGAGAACCGACGGCUCAGAUUCGACGACGACACCGGAAGUGUCAGGCGAUACCGGCUGGAGCUCGACUGUGACGAAGCUGAUGAGAAGGAAGGUCGCCGGGGCAAGAAGCUUGGGUGGCUGCAUGGACGAUGA